UUUGCUUCUUCAAUUCUCAAGAGAGAGAAAGAAAGAAUACAUAAACUUUUUUUCUUUGCGAGAGUUAAUGAUUCUCACGUCCCACAAAGAAAGAAAGUCUAUUCCUUCAAUACAACUCCACAAAUCUCUUUCUGUGAAGACUUCUUUCAACAACAAAUCUUCUUUUGUUAAAGAAAAGACUUGGAAAAUCAAGAAAAAUACUUCCUUUUCUUGUUUUUUAUUAAUAUUUCAAGGAAGAAAAGAUUGGACCUUUUCUUUGCCAGCCAUGACUGAAGUCCUUCACUCCCCUUCACAUUUCCCUUCUUCUCCUCCUCCAACUUCCUCCUCCUCCUCUUCUGUGACUUGUAUACCCCCACAAUCUCCUUUAACACAAGAUGGCAUUGAUGAAGAUGAUGUGGAGUUGGUGAAGCAAAGAGAAAAGAAUCAGAGGGAUCAGCUUUCUUUACUGGCUCUUCUUGUGGCACUUUUCAGGAAGUCUCUAGUGGCUUGCAAGAGUGAUAGAAGGGAACUUUGUGCUAGUAUGGAGAUUGGUUGGCCAACCAAUGUGCGCCAUGUGGCUCAUGUUACCUUUGAUAGGUUUAAUGGGUUCUUGGGUUUGCCUGUUGAGUUCGAACCUGAAGUCCCCAGGAGGCCUCCCAGUGCUAGCGCAACUGUUUUUGGAGUUUCCACAGAAUCUAUGCAGUUGUCAUAUGACUCAAGAGGGAACAGCGUGCCAACAAUUCUCUUGCUAAUGCAAAGACGAUUGUAUGCUCAUGGAGGCUUGCAGGCUGAAGGGAUUUUCAGAAUUGCCGCAGAAAACAGUCAGGAGGAGUUUGUUAGGGAGCAACUGAAUGGUGGGGUGGUACCAGAAGGGGUUGAUGUACAUUGUCUGGCAGGACUUAUCAAGGCUUGGUUUAGAGAGCUUCCAACAGGGGUUCUGGAUUCAUUAUCGCCUGAACAAGUAAUAGAAUGUCGAACUGAAGAGGAUUGUGCUAAUCUUGCAAGAAAUCUACCUCCAACAGAAGCUGCUCUAUUAGAUUGGGCGAUCAAUCUGAUGGCUGAUGUUGUCCAGCAAGAACACCUGAACAAGAUGAAUGCACACAACGUAGCCACAGUUUUUGCACCGAACAUGACUCAACUGGCAGAUCCUCUGACUGCCUUAAUGUAUGCUGUCCAAGUGAUGAAUUUCCUCAAGACCCUUAUCCUAAGGACACUGCGAGAGAGAGAAGAUUCUGUGGUGGAGUCGUCACCUUCUUCACGUCUUGAGCCAUUUGAUGAGAACGGUCAUGACAGCCCUUCGAUGUCCUGUGCCAAAGGUAGAGAAAAUGAAAAUGAAACAAUUGAGCAAGCCUUCAUGGCUGAAGAACCUGUUGUAGAAAGUUCCUACAACUCCAGUCAAAACAAUUUCAUAGCUGUUGAAGAAGACCUCAGUUAUGCAACCUCUGUUGAAAAGCUAAUUGCCAAUGGAGAUCAUUGCUGUGGGACUGCUACCGAGGUUGACUUAGUCAAUGACACAUACAGUCGUAGAGUUAAGGCCGGUGUUCAAGCAGGUACCAGAAAGAAAAGUGCUGGCCAAUCAAGUAGUUCCAGUCUCAGAAAGAGCCCUGGAAAAUUUAGCAGGCAGUCAUCUGUACUUCAUUUAACACCGCCUUCUAACAAGACUCGAGGAAUUAGUAGCUUUAUAGAGUCAAGGUCGGAGCGUAUUGAAGCUUGGCGAUGAAGGUUGUCCAUAAGUAGUUUUGUCCCAACUGAUUCUUCAAAAAAGGAGGAUAUGUAUCUUUGAUUUGGAAACAAUAAGUACGUUUGUUAUUGUUCACAUAAGGUUUCUGUGUGCCUGGUGGUUUCCCAAUUUGAUGGAUGAAAUUGGUGUGGAACUAACAUCUUCUACUUAAAAUUGCAGCCGCAUUUCUUUAACACUUGAGUAACAUUGAUGUUAGCUUUGCUAGUCU